UCGUCUUUCAACUAUACAUACCCAUACCCAUACUUAGUUACUUACAGCAUAUACUCAGUAUUCAGAACUCACAAACAACCAGAUAAUCCAAGAACAAACUACACACCCCAUAAUGUCCUGGUUCAGCUCAAGCAAACAAUCCGCCACGGCCUCUUCCGGAGAACCCAACUUUUGGCCCGUCUCGUCCCUCCAAACUGGGUACGGAGAGUUGUCUGAUAAGGAUACCGCCUGGGCAUGCGCGACCAACCGAGGGUUCCAGACCGAGACCCAGAUCUGGUACUCGGUACUCGCAGACGGUAGUCUGCUGCUGCUCCAAGUCAUCUGGAGUUUCAUCGGAGUCUGGCCAGUCCCCGCUCAAACGCAGAUGACGUUCAAGCUCUACAACCCGACGACCAAGAAGUCCAUCUGGCGUAGUCUGAGCGCGACCGGUUUUACCGUGGACGCCAAGGAUGGGAGGAGUUGCAAGACCAACGAAUACGAAAUCAAACAUACCGGCUCAGCCUCCGGUUCCGAGACCUACACCAUCCACGCUCAGUUGGACAAGACGACCACCCUCAGCCUCAACCUCGUUCGACCCGCAGAUGCACCCGGUUUCAAGCUCGGAAAGGGGGAAGAAGGGGGUUAUUCGAGGUUUGGGAAGAACAUGGGGGACGAUGGGUUCGUCAUCCACCGAUUCCACCCGCACGUCCAGUCGUCUGGGCAGAUCAUGAUCGACGGAAAAGUCAUCGACGCCAAGGGCGAGGCCAUGUUCGUCGCCGCUAUCCAGGGUCUCAGGCCCGAUGCUGUCGCCUCGAGGUGGAACUUUGCCUUCUUCACGACCACCCAAGCGUCCGAGGACGAAAAGCUCGGAAGCGUCCGAGCCAUCCAAAUGGAAUUCGAGACCCCCGACAACUACGGUGCGAAGGGUCCCAAAUCCGGUCGGGUCAAGUCCAACAUCGGUUGCAUCUACUCGUCCAAGAUUGGUCAACCGCUCGUCGUCUGCAGCCAAACGGGACCCGACGACGCAGCGACCGUCUACGGGGUCACCCGGCCGGAGCCCGUCUCGUCGGGUGAUAUCUGCCGGGCGACGCAUACUUCUACGGCCAAGGACCCCGAGACGGGAUACGAUGGACCGACUGGGUUGAAGUUCGAGUGGGUCGGGAAGCAGAUCGGACAGCCUGGCAAGCAGGUCAAGGCUAGUCUCGAGGUGGCGACCAGUAUGGACGUCGGCAAGGGCGGAUUGAUCGAAAAGGUCAACGUCCUCAAUGAGAUCCCUUACCUCGUCCGAAAGGCGCUCAGUUCGAUCACAGGUACCAAGCCUUACAUCUUCCAGUUCCACAACGAAGCCACUCUGAACGUCACAACCGGUGACGAAGAGUCGAUACCCGUCAAGGGCUGGUUGUUCAACGAGGCCACUUUCGUCUCUCCCUAAGAUUCAGCGGAAUCUCAAUCGGGUCCGGUACCUCUGCCAUUCCCCCUGCACUUUCCUUGCUUUUCGACUUCACCAUAAUCUCUGUCAUCGCC